UAUCAUUUCUUUGUAUACUCACAGGACAGGGCUUCAGGGCUCGACUGUACUUAUCACCACCUGUCUCAACGAGUUGUUGGGGUUCCUGUUUCGGUUGAGUUUGACUUCGCGUCCAAUCAAACUCCCGAAACACCACCGAGCCAUUUAGUUCGACGCUUUCCAUUCACCACCUUCGACUAGUCAGCUGUAUUGUCGACGGCACGAGCUCUCACUCAUAAGAUGACUCCGAUCGUCGAGUUGGCAGGGGAAGCCAACCCGCUAACUCCACAGAAUGUCCUCAAUGCUUUAAUUCUAGCGGCGAGCUCAACCCAGCAGCAGGUACAGACGGGUACCCAACAGCUCCAAAAUUGGGAGAAACAGGAGCUGUACUACACAUACCUUCAGGACGUUUUCCUAGAUCAAUCUGUCCCACCGGAAGUCAGAUACCUUUCCAUCAUUCAGCUGAAGAACGGCAUCGACAAAUACUGGCGAAAGACCGCUACGAAUGCCAUCAAGAAGGAGGAAAAGGAACAGAUUAAGAACAGGGCGUUACAUGCCGGUGUUGUUGAACCUGCCCCUCUGCUCGCCCUUCACAAUGCCCUGAUGCUCGCUAAGAUCAUGCGUUACGAAUUUCCUCAAGACUGGCCCGAAGGAAUCUCUUCCAUCAUCGCCUUCCUCCGUUCUUCUACCCAGCCUUGCGCGAAUCCGUUACAACUUCCCCGCACCCUUGUCAUCUUGCUACAGAUUAUCAAAGAGCUAUCAACAGCUCGCUUACAAAGAACUCGUGCCAACCUCCAGUCCGUGGCGCCCGAGGUAUUCCAUCUGCUUGGAAGUAUAUACGUGGAUAAAGUGAACACCUGGGUAUCCUGGUUGGAGCAAGGGGGAGGCGAUGAGACGGCAUUGAUGGGGUCUUUAGAACAGAGUCUCGUGUCUCUCAAAGUCAUCCGACGUCUAGUCAUUGCCGGCUUUGAGCAUCCUAACCGAGAUAAGGACGUUCAAGGAUUCUGGGUCUUGACUCAUUCCCACUUCAGCAAGUUCCUGGGAUUCGUCGACGGCUCCGCAAACAUGCCAGAAGAACUCAAAAAGGCCAUCGAAAAGCAUCUUUUACAACUCUCCAAGCUUCAUGUGGAGAUGGCCAAAGACCGUCCGGCCUCUUUUGCCUUGCUGCCGAACAGUAUCCCUCUUGUUCAAUCUUACUGGACCUUGGUCACUAAAUUGGGGGAGAAGUAUAGCGAGCUCGGAGCUGACGGCGAAUCAGAGGGCAAAUCACUCAUGGAGAAAACCGGACUUAGGGCGCUCCUGCUCAUCAGAGCCUGUUCUAAGAUGGCGUUCAAUCCAGCGCAGACAUUCAAGUACCAGACUCCGCAGGACAAGGAAGAGAAGAAGCAGUCUGUUGAGCUCAUCAAGGCGGACCUUUUCACCCAGGACUUUGUCGUCAGUGUCAUGGAACUCUUGGUUACUCAAUUUUUCCGAUUCAGGAAAAACGACUUCCAAGAAUGGGAGGAAGACCCCGAAGAAUGGGAGAGAAAAGAAGAGGAUAUUGCUGAGGCUUGGGAAUUCUCCAUACGGUCUUGCUCGGAAAAGCUCUUCCUUGAUCUUGUCAUCCACUUCAAGGAAUUGCUCAUUCCUCGUCUGUUGAACGUCUUCUACGGGUUUGCGAGUCCUGAGAACCACAAUGUGCUAUUGAAGGAUUCGCUUUACUCGGCCAUUGGAUUAUCUGCAGCAAGUUUAGAACAGCAUCUGGAUUUCAACAACUUCCUCGAGAUGACACUCGUGCCGGAAGUUCAGCUUCAAGAGCAGGGUUAUAACCUUCUUCGAAGAAGGAUCGCUAUCCUUCUGGGUCAGUGGGUUCCAGUCAAGUCAAGCGAACUCAACAAGAACGCCGUGUAUCAAAUCUUCCAGCAUCUGCUCAGUCGGCAGGAUCCAUUGAAUGACUUGGUCGUACGCAUUAGUGCUGGGAGACAGCUUAAGAAUGUACUUGACCCUUUUGAAUUCUCGCCCACUGAAUUCUUACCAUAUGCACCUUCCAUCCUCCGAGACCUGAUGUCUCUCGUCCAAGAAGUGGAACUUUCAGAGACCAGAAUGGGACUUCUCGAUACUGUCCGUAUGGCUGUGGUCAAGAUGGAAGACCAUAUUGCUCCCUUCUCCGAUCAAAUUUUGUCUUUGCUGCCACCUCUUUGGGAGAGCUCUGGGGAGGAACACUUGAUGAAACAAGCCAUUCUCACCCUUCUUUCGUCUCUAAUUCAUUCCCUCAAGCAAGAUUCGGUUCGAUACCACUCACUCAUCUUGCCUCUAAUCCAGAAUUCCGUCGAGCCAGGCUCUGAAACCCUCAUCUACCUUCUCGACGAAGCCCUUGACCUCUGGGCCGCGAUACUUAUGCAGACACCCUCCCCUGCCUCCCCUGAGAUCCUGUCUCUCAUUCCAGCACUGAUUCCUAUUAUGGAGGCAGCCACAGACAGCGCCCCACAGGCCCUUCAGAUUGUUGAAUCCUAUAUCCUUCUUGCCCCCCAGGAAAUUCUCAGCGAUCGGGUUCGCUUUCAACUACUUGUCUCACUUGAGACUCUGCUGAAAGUCACUACCCGCCAGCGGCUGGGCGUUGUCCCUCGUCUCGUGGAACUGAUGCUCCGCGGCGCCGAAACUGUAGAUGGCGGCAGCGAGAACACCUACAACGUGGUCACUCGGUCGCUUCUCGACAGUUCCUUCCUUCCUGCCAUCCUCGAGGGUCUCCACUCUGCCUAUGAAGCUAGUCAAACCACGGGACCAAAUCGCAAACAAACUUCGGUCUAUGGAGUCGUCGAGACGGACUAUUUCUCCGUUCUAGCACGCCUUGCCGUUGCCCAUCCCAAGAUCUUCACCUCGGCCGUGGCCGCUGCCACCAAUACUCCUGAGGAACAAGUUCUCACCUGGAUCCUGACAGAGUGGUUUCUCCACUACGAUAACAUCGGCAGCAGCACCCAGAAGAAACUCCACGCCAUGGCCCUCACCCAACUUCUCACCCUCAAUGGACCCGACUCUCAGCCCCCGACGUACCUGCUCAAUAACCUCCAAUCCUACAUGACCAUGUGGACCGACAUUAUUACCGAGCUCUCCGAAGAUGCCGAGGGCACCAACCCCGAUGACCCACGCAGCGGCGACUAUCUCAUCUACUGGAAUAACGCCCAAACAGCCGCCAGUGACGAGCAUGAACCUCCCGAAAAUGAGCGCCGUCGCGCCUGGGAUGACAUGGACAUUCUGCACAAGGUCAACAUUCGUGAUUUCAUCCGUGAGCGUCUCCGCUCGGUGAUUGCCGGCUGCGGAGGCGAACAGCGCUUCCAGGAAGAUUGGCUCCUGAAUGUCGAUCGCGAGGUCGUUGCGGCCUUUGCGGCGCUGGGGCUGCUCUAA